AUGGCUGGUCCUAUAGCUUCAGAGGGUUUUUUGACAUGGACUGGAAGCCUGCGUUCUGGGAGUACCAGAAUGUUUGGAAGAUCAGGCAGUGUUUUUGGGUCUCAACAUCAACAGAAAGAGGAUGAGGAGGAGGCACUCAAAUGGGCAGCUAUAGAGAGGCUUCCCACAUAUGAUCGCAUAAGAACAUCCCUUCUUAAACAGUCUGAGGGAACAGAUGAGCUUCUUCACCAAGUAGAUGUCAGAAAUAUGGCUCUAGGGACACGACGAAAACUGAUUGACAGGCUUGUCAAGGCUGCUGACCAAGACAACGGGCCCUUUUUGCAUAAACUUAGGGAAAGGUUUGACAGGGUGGGAAUUACUUUGUCUGAGAUAGAGGUCCGUUUUGAGAAUCUUAAUGUGGAAGUCGAUGCAUACAUUGGAAGCAGGGCAUUGCCUACGCUUUUAAACCAUACAGUUAAUAUGGCUGAGAGUCUUUUGGAGUCCCUUCAUUUGUAUAAGAGCAGUAAGAAAACCAUGACGAUAUUAAGAGAUGUCAGCGGUAUCAUAAAGCCUGGCAGAAUGACACUGCUUCUGGGUCCGCCUGGUUCUGGAAAGACUACGCUGCUAUUAGGUCUUUCAGGGAAACUGGACUCGGCACUAAGAGUGAGGGGAGAAGUAACGUACAAUGGGCAUAGGAUGGAUGAAUUCGUUGCUCAGAGAACAUCUGCUUAUGUUAGUCAGCACGAUUUGCACAUUGGAGAAAUGACUGUGCGGGAGACACUUGACUUCUCUGCUCGAUGCCAAGGAGUAGGUGAAAGAUACGGUAACUAUGGCUUUAUUUACCCAAUAGUAAUCAAACUAGUAUUACUAUAA